CAAGUGUGAAAAUAGCACAAGAAAACAUUUGAGCGAAAUACUUGGAUGCUACCUUUUAGCUUGUGGUUUUUUUUUUCUUUUUUUCUGCGUGAGUUUGAGCGAAGCAGGUGGUCAUCAAUACGGCAAGCAGUGCAAGGCGGGAAGCAGUGCGAGGCGACAAGGAGUGCAAGGCGAUAUGCGUAACAAGUAAACUCCGACUCCUAUUUUCCCUAGAUGCAUGCAUGUAUUUCAUAAUACGGAUCGUCCACAAUAUGCUUAAAUUUCCAUUGACAACCGAGGCAUAAGAACACCCAAGGAGUCGGUGCAGCCGUCGGAGAAGACCUGUAGCAGGACACGUCUUACCGAAACAACGAAAACUAUUUUUAAGUUAAAUCUAGUGGAAAAUCCUUUAUUUUCCUUGUCUUGAUCUGAGCUUUUCCUUAGCCUUGCUCAUAUCUCAAUCAAAGUCCUCGGGUUGUUCCACCUCAGGUCUGGUUGCCUUCAUUCCACCCUUUUCUAAUACAUCUGUAAAGGUUUCCUAGUCAAAGGAAAACCCCCGGAACAAUCUCACAUCUUAGUUUUAGAUCUAAAACUUAAUCGAGCACGAAUUACAUGUGACUUUUGCCAUCUGCCAGGAUGCCCGAUGCCUGUCCCAGAUCCAGUCCCAGUGCCAGCUUCCAUACCAUUUCCUAAGCGAGUUCCCAGCCCAUUCCGCUGGGCUGGCAAUUAGUUAAUUAAGCGCAACUUCAAGUGUCCCACUCGGAGAUAUAUCACACGAGAAUCGUUUCUUGUUGACAUUUCUGCAGCAUCAUCCGGGACAUUUGCAUAUUUAAUUGAAGAAGAAACCAGGACAGGACAGGACCCAAAGCGACAAAGCGACAAAACGACAAAAAAAAUCACCCAAAACUAUUUUCAUAAUAAAACUACGAAAAUGUCAGGCGAAAUAUUAGAAACCGAAGAGGAAAAAAUCAAAUUAAAAUCAAGUAAGAGGCCGGCAAAGAGGAGCGUAGCGGAGCGGAUCGGAUGAGGAGAAGAAGAAGGAGGAGGAGGAGGAGAACCACGUUCUCCGAGAAGUACGCAGAGUCUCUGGCUGGUGACGACCGAGUGGAAACCCCGCGGCGGCCAUCAAUGGAAAAGGGUUAAAUGCAAAUGAAAGGAUACGAAUACUCUUUUCUUCUUCUUUUUUUUUUGGGAACAAAACUGAGUGAUUCGGGAACAGGACAUGUACGGGAAUCUCAACCCUCGAAGCAGUUGUCAAAGGCUCUUGAUAGAUCAGUCGCCACUGGAAGAACUGGAACUGGUAUUGCGGACGGUGGCACAUGGGGCUCCGUCACCUGGGACGACCAGAACGAUGGUGGUUCAACAAAAUAAAGGUUCCUUCAACUUGAUGCGAGAUCUUCUCUACCUACAAGUAAGCACCCGCCACCUCACCCACACCGCCAGAGACCACGCCAGAGAACAAGAUGCUCAAGUGGGCCGUCAACCAGCCCCGACCCUCGUACAUGGAGGAGACCACAGCCACGCCAAUGCGCAGCGGAGCUGGGUCUGCAGCAGAAGCUGGACCUGGACUUGGAGCUGGAGCUGGAUCAGGGGCAAGCAGCUACAGCGAGUUCCAUGCCCUGCGGGGAAAGCUCAAGCGCAAGUCCCUCUGCCUGGCCCUCGCCCACGGACAGGGGAAGGAGAACCAGCUGACCUCGACGCCACUGCCAGCCAGCUCCCUACCCGUGCACCCACGGACCCCGCUGCUCAAGGACCUCAGCAAUAUCAUGUCCUCGCCCCUGACUACCCCCACGCCCACGCCCAGGCCUACCCUCCGCCCACCCGCCUACGCCUCCACGCUGCCGACCUUCGAGGCGGAGUACUCCCCGAGCGCGGCCAUCAUCCCGGGUCCGCUGCUCGCACUCCGCGGCAUGGGCAUCCCCGACAGCUACUUCGAGAAGCCACGCUACCUGGAGCAGAAGCCCCUGCCCCUGCCCCUGCCCCUUCCCGUGCCCGUGCCCAAGGCCCCUGCCACGAAGAGCGGCCAGACCACGCUCAGCUCCAGCCAGAUGGGAGACGUGACCCUGGAGCGGAUGAUCGACGCCAUUCUGGAGAGCACCCGCAAGGCGCCGGCCCCCAGGCAGCCGCGUCAGCGUCUGCGCCAGCGACACAGACACCACCCCCUGAGCAGCACCACCUCUUCCUCCGCCGCCGCUGCCACCCACUCGCCCACCUACCGGCCCGCCUUCGACCCGGCCAGCGACCUCUGCGAGUACUGGAGGUCACCCCACGCAAGUGGCUACGAGGAGCGGGAGGUGCGCUCCCCUCAGCCGGCUACCGUCGAUGGACAGUCGCAGUCCCAGUCCCAGUCCCAGGGGAAGAGGCGAUCACUGCAGCUGCGGAGGCAGCGCGUGGUGCGGCGCAAACGGAAGAUCGCGACAAGAAUCUCCUCCAGCGUACGGCAGUCGGCCCAGAAGCUGCUGGCGGCCGCCCGCUCCGCCCAGAAGAUCCGCCACAUCAGCCCCGACAGCGGCCACAACUCGACCAGCGACUGCGAGCUGGACGAGGAGCAUCCGAUUCCCAUUCUGGCAAUGGGAUUGGGAUUGGGACUGGGCGGCGAGGAGCUGGAAGCCUCAUGCCAGCUGGAUGCCAUGUGGAUGCAGGCGCAGGUCAGGGACGCCACCAAGAGACGCCUCAGCUUCUCGAUGUCUGAGGCCAGCUGAGGCUCUUCUCUGGGACACUCGAAUUUUUUUUAUAACUUUUUUUUAUAGCCGUACACACUUUUUUUGUCUUAUAAUCAUUGUAAGGAAUAAAUCAUUUUUUAUGCAAA